AUGCCAUUGUAUGGCCCCGACACGCAUUCAUUUCCUGAGCCCAGCCCAGGCGAAAAGGUGCGUGAGACCAAAACUCGAUUUCGAUGCCUCACCUCCAACCUCAACGGCCGCGGGCAGUCGGUUCGCGUCCAAGAGUGCUGCAGGGGAUAUGUGGCGAACGAGAAGGAGGAGUGCAAACCCCACUGCGAGACGCCUUGCGAGCAUGGGGUCUGCGAGAGACCCAACACGUGCAAAUGCGACGACGGAUGGAGGAGGAAAAAUUGCAGCAGUCAAUGCUCGAAGAAGCGUUGGGGAUCAGGAUGCCGGAACAACUGUACUUGUGAAAAUGGGCGUUGCGACCCGGUUAACGGGUCGUGCGACUGUCGCGCUGGCUGGAUGGGUAGGAAUUGUGAAACGCCGUGUCCAAGCGACAGUUGGGGAAAGGGAUGCCAGAAUCACUGCGAUUGUCGGAAUGGCGGCACUUGCAACAUAUUCCAUGGCCAAUGCAGUUGUCCCACCGGUUACAAGGGAAAGAAGGUUUGCUCUCGUUUGCUCUCGAUCAGUUUGAAGUUCGCAUGCUUCACGCAUUCGCUCUCGAAGAGGAGCAAAUCAUGUGACUUAUCGAGAGAGAACGCGUUUGUUAAAGAUGAGUCCUUCAUGAUGCACAUGAUGCUGGGCAUCACCCAUGUUGGGCAUCACCCUUUCUCAUUGUCCUGUCUCACUGCACACGUGCGAAUUUCAGAGGCCUCCCAGCUGAUUCUGCUGGAAGAUGCCGGUUUCCUUGCAGUGCGAGACUCAGUGCCCCCCCGGCCACCUCGGGAGGGCCUGUCGCGGCGAAUGCCGGUGCGAGAACGAGGGGACGUGUUCCCCCGUCCAUGGCACUUGCAUUUGCAGACCGGGAUGGACGGGCGAGCUGUGCGAGGAUCGAUCUUGUCCGCCAGGUCUCUAUGGGCAGAACUGCUCGAGCAAGUGCGACUGCGAGUUCGACAACACCGAGGCUUGCCACCCGUGGACCGCCCGGGUGGGUCGACCUCAGGUGCUCCAGUCCUUGUGCGAAUAACACUUUUGGCAGAAAUUGCGAGAGCGUCUGUCCGUGUAGGAAUAACGCCUCCUGCGAUCACAUCGAUGGGAGUUGUACCUGUCGUCCAGGUGAGUCCACGAGAAAUGUUUCGUUCCGUUCAUUCUCCAUAUGGAUUUCAUUUCGUGUUAUUUAUCUUAUCCUUCUUCCUGAUUUUUGCAGGAUACAGAGGUCCGCUUUGCGGAGGGAAGUGCAGAAAGGGAAGAUAUGGCAAGAAUUGCGCCUUGAAAUGCAACUGCAAAAACAAUGCCACCUGUUCGCACGAAGACGGAAAAUGCAUCUGUGAACCAGAAUUACCCGUCUCUUCCCUGUUCUACCUUGCGAUGACGACGGGAAUUGUUUCUCGACUCCCACCGACAGGUGACAAUUGCGAAGUUCUCUCGGACAAGCAAAAACGUAAUUCCAGGCCAGUUGAGAUCCUCGACUCGACCAGCCUGGGAUUGAUCGCUGGCAUUGCGGUGGCGCUUUUCUCCAUCCUGGUACUGGCUGGCCUCUUGUUCUGGAUAGAACGAAGACUUCAUCGGGUGUACAAUGCACCUCAUAGUGAGUACAUCAGCAGAGAUUUCGAUGGUUAA